UGGCUAGCCAGAAAACUGGACUUCCAAAAUUUACCAACCCCUAUUGCGUGUAACCAUCAAAAAGAUGAUGCAGCCUGAGCUUCUUGAUCAGCUCUCAUGGCCAUUCUACGAUGUUAUAGAUUCCACUUUUGAUCACGAGGGUGCACACCAUGACCAAAGCAUGGAGCUUGCACCUUUGGAUGGCUAUGGCUUCCCUUCAAUACUCACCACAACAGAGGAUUCCUCUGAACUUUCUUCAGCCUCCUUUUCUUCAACAAUAUUCCCGAGUGAAUUUGUCCGAUAUCAAUUUUAUGCUGAUUCCCAGCCGGUCAUGCUAGCCAUGAGAUCAGACUUCUCAACGGAGUUGGGGAUAUUAGAGAACAUUUUGAAUGAUGAUGAGAUUGUGGGUAUGGAUUAUAUUAUAGAAGAGAGUGAAGGAAGUUUCAGUUUGAAACAAUCUUCCACUGCAGGAGAAGAUUUUUUGUGUCCUAGCCCCUCAAUGAAAUCUGAAUCAUCAAUAGAUGUAUCAUCUAACAAUCAACCAGUAGUAACUUUGCCAGGAGAGGACAUGGAAAUCGACAACCCUCUGAGUGUCUACCAUCUACUUAAGGCGUAUGGAGAAGCCUUCGAGAAGGAUGAGAGAGAGCUUGCACAGGUGAUUUUGAAACGCAUCAGUGAGAAAGUUAGCCCAAUUGGUGAAAGCUUGGAGCGUGUUGCAUUCUACUUAUCUCAGGACGUUGAGAAUCAAGGUGAUUAUCUAAAACAAGAGUCCUAUAAGAAUUUUGAGGCUGCGUUCCAGGCAUUCUACCAAAGCUUCCCAGAAGGGAAAUUCGCCCACUACGCAGCGAACUCUGCGAUUCUUGAUGCCAUGCCAGGUGUUGCAGAGACUAUACACAUAGUGGACUUUCACACGGGAGAAGGGGUUCAGUGGCCUCCAAUGAUGGAGGCGAUUGCACACCAACACAAAACAUUGAGAUUAACAUCGAUAAAAUGGGAGGAGGAUGCUCCUUCACCCUGGAGUUUUGAGGAGACCAAAAGGCGGCUCCAUAACCAAGCAAGAGUUCUGGGUCUAAAGUUGAAGGUGGAGGAGAUGGGGAUUGAGGAUUUGGUGAGUGAGACAAGGAAAAUGCAGAAAAGGGAUAGCAGGAGAGAGUGGAUGGUUUUCAAUUGCAUGUUCUCACUUCCACACAUGGGGAGGGGUAGAAGUAGAACACUCGUGAUGGAGUUUCUAAAGGUUGCUAAGGAAUUGAUCUCUAGUUCUACCAACUCAUGUGGAACUAACAAUAGGGGUAUCAUUACUUUUGGCAAUGGAGAUGCUUAUGACAAAUUGAAACAUUGCUCAGGUUUUGGUUCAUUCUUUGAUGGGUAUGUGGAGCAUUACCAAGCCUUGUUAGAAUCAUUGAGAAUGAAUUUUCCACCUCAUCUUCUAGAAGCAAGAAUAGCCAUUGAGUGCCUCUUCGUGGCGCCUUAUAUCUCUUCUCUUUCUUGGCUCCAUAAGUGGGAGGAGAUGAUGAAUGGCUGCCAUCCUCAAGAACGGCUUGGGUUGGAAGGUAGGAAACUCAGCCAAGAGAUAUUAGCAGAAGCAAAAGAAAUGGUGAAAGAAGGGGAAAGUUCGUACGGAGCCAGAAUUGUAGGACAAAUUGGAAAUGAGAUGGUCUUGGAAUGGAAAGGAAUUACAAUGGUUAGAGUUUCAAUAUGGACAAAUCAACUCUAAAGGGCUAAAAACUAGCAAGUCCUUUUAUUUAUUAUUCAAGUGUAUAUGCAUAAUAUGCUGAGAUUUACUUUGAUUUGUUAUUGUAUAGAUUUUUAUAAUCAAUACAUCAUAAAGAAUA